AUGUCAAGCUCUACAGUCUCGGCAGAGACAGACAGCAGUGUAGCCUCUCGCCCUGAAAAGCGUCCCUUGUCUCCUUCAUCUUCCCCUCAACCUCCCAGAACCCGUCCUUCAGAACUACCUUCUUGGCAUUUUGAUAACACUCAUAGUCCUAGACAAGAAGACAAGCCAGUCGAGACUGGUCUCGACAAUUCAAAGGUACAAUUACCUUCCAUAUUCUCUACCUUUGAGGAUCCUUUCCUUCGCCGAGCUUCCUUACCGGCUCUCUCACAAGAUUCAAAUCCUCGCUACCGAUCCGCUCCAUACCCCCCGACUCAUCUCCGUCGCGCAUCGCACGCAUCCACUAAUCUCGUCUCAUACCACUUCCCUCCUCCCACCGAUACCUCUGACUUUCCAGAUAAAUCUUCUACUCGUCCUCGCUUGACUGCUGACACCCAUCUCAAUUAUUCCUACGGAGACUCCCCCUCAUACCUCUCCAGCACAACUACCCCGAGUUCCCAUUUUUCCUCUUCCAAUUUCACAUCCCCCCUUUCACCCGAUAUUAAAUCUCACCCCACCCCUGCUUCCGCAUACGUAGAAUCAGACUCUUGGAACGACUCCCCUUCUGGUAUUGUUCGUCCGAGUUCAACGGGCCAGUUACCAAGCACCGUCAACAAGUACGACGACAGCGUCAGACACUCCUCCUUUAGUACUCAGCCACAGAUGUUUUCUGCUGCUCCACGCCUUCCUGCCCAACAGGAUCGUAGACUUUACCCCGCUCAGCCAAAGGAUGACUGGAAUUUUUCUAACCAGGAUUAUCCCUUUUCCUCAAACAGUCCCUCGUUAAAUACGACAAACAGCCCAGUACCCUCCGCCGCACCAGCACCAGCAACAACGUCGUCUCCCACAUCCCGCUCCCCUCCGUCUGCACCAUCAUCUACUUUAGUUGAUCGCCCCAUGCGGAAGAGGGGCAAGUUACCCAAGGAAACGACAGACUAUCUAAAGAACUGGUUGCAUCGUCACUCUGACCAUCCAUACCCAAGCGAGGAGGAGAAAAAGCAGCUUUGCCAUGCCACUGGAUUGAGCAUGAGCCAAGUCUCGAAUUGGAUGAUUAAUGUCCGCUCGCCGCCGCAUUUUAGCACCCGCUCAUCGAGCAGCACAGGGACCGACCACCUCUGUACCAUAUCCAUCUUCCACUCGCACAGUGCCCGCUUCUUCUCUCUUAGAUCACGCCCAACACACUACAAUGGUAGUGGCGGCGGCGGCAGUGGUCUAGAUUACUCCCAGAAUAGACUUGGGCUGUCCACAUACAAUCUAGGACAUAACCAUCAUUCUGCGAGUGGAGGGCAGUCCGGCUAUCUUCCAUCGGGCGUUCCGAUGUCCGCGCCGCCCUCCCUUCCACCCAACCCAUUUGGAUCUCACAAUAUGCACAAUCAAUCUUCGUUGUAUUCUGCACAGCAUCACCACUCGUCGUUGUCCCCCGGCUUCAUUUCGAGCCCGUCGCAGAGCUCCCCAAGGUUGCCUGCUCAUUCACCGGACUCGCAGUCGCAUUCCUAUUAUAACGAAGGACAAUUGCAUCCGUCUGUAAAUGCUGGGCCGGCCUAUUCAGCUCCACAGUGACCACGACGUUGUAACAACAUCGAAUCCUAUCCGGAUGCCUUGUUUCUUCGAAAAACACCGUUCGUGUAACAAUAUUAUUAUACUGUUUACCUAAAGCACCUAAUCACUUGUACUACUCGUAUCCACUUUCUUGAGACCACGCACUCUUUCGUUGGUCGCCCAAAAAAAUAAAACAGAGAUAUUUCUGGUCACCGGGUUCGGGCGCAGUCUGUUGCAACAUAUU